CUUCGCUUAGGCUGGUGUCUGUCGAGCCGCGGCGGCGAUUCUCUCUGCGCUGCUUCCCUCCUCCUCUUCUUCCUCCUCCUCUUCUCCUCCGCCAGCUUCGAGGCUGGGCAGGGCUCGGAGCGGCAAGAGGGACGGCAAGGCGAUCGCGACUUUCUCCUCCGCCUCCUUGCGGGGUUCAUUGAGUUCCUUUGCAAGCUCGCCCGAGGUUUUGCACGGCCUUUGGGGCUUUUGUGCAGAAAUCCCCCCCUCUUCUUCUUCUUCUUCCUCCUCCUCCUCAGCUCUAAGGCGUGCAAAAGCAGGGAGCACUAUCGGGCUCUCCCCCCCGCGAUCCCCGCUUUGCAACCCGCGAUCGUGGGCUUUGAAUUCGCGAGGAGCAGAAAAACCCUCCCCAUCCCACCCGAGGACCGACUGCUUUUUUCCCUUGUCGCUCGCGGCGGGAACCGAGUCUUGGCGUGGGAGAGAGCGCUGCUUCUUCCCCGGGAGAGGUCGAGAUGUCUUACCAAGGGAAGAAAAACAUUCCACGCAUCACGAGUGAUCGCCUUUUGAUCAAAGGAGGCAAAAUAGUCAACGAUGACCAGUCCUUCUAUGCAGACAUUUAUAUGGAAGAUGGGUUGAUAAAACAAAUAGGGGAGAACCUCAUUGUGCCAGGAGGGGUAAAAACCAUCGAGGCUCAUGGGCGAAUGGUGAUCCCUGGAGGAAUUGAUGUCCAUACCCGUUUCCAAAUGCCUGACCAAGGAAUGACCUCCGCUGAUGACUUCUUCCAAGGGACAAGAGCAGCCCUGGCUGGAGGCACUACUAUGAUUAUUGAUCAUGUUGUUCCGGAGCCCGGCACCAGUUUGAUUUCUGCAUUUGAUCAGUGGCGAGAAUGGGCUGACAGCAAGUCCUGCUGCGAUUACUCUUUGCACGUGGACAUCACAGAGUGGCACAAAGGAGUUCAAGAGGAGAUGGAAGCUCUGAUUAAAGAUCAUGGAGUCAAUUCCUUCUUGGUGUAUAUGGCUUUCAAGGACCAUUUUCAGCUAACAGAUUCUCAGAUUUAUGAGGUCCUGAGCGUAAUCCGCGACAUUGGUGCAAUAGCUCAAGUCCAUGCUGAGAAUGGAGACAUCAUAGCAGAGGAGCAGCAAAGGAUCUUGGAACUGGGGAUCACUGGCCCUGAAGGACAUGUUCUGAGCAGGCCUGAAGAAGUGGAGGCCGAAGCUGUGAACCGGGCUAUAACCAUUGCCAACCAAACCAACUGCCCCUUGUACAUCACCAAAGUGAUGAGCAAAAGUGCCGCAGAAGUGAUUGCCUUGGCCAGGAAGAAGGGCACUGUGGUGUAUGGCGAGCCCAUUGCAGCAAGCUUAGGUACCGACGGAUCUCAUUACUGGAGUAAAAACUGGGCCAAAGCAGCUGCUUUUGUCACUGCUCCACCACUGAGUCCUGACCCGACUACUCCGGACUUCCUCAAUUCUCUGCUGUCCUGUGGAGAUCUCCAGGUAACUGGCAGUGGCCACUGUACUUUCAAUACUGCCCAGAAAGCUGUUGGGAAGGACAAUUUCACUUUGAUCCCGCAAGGAACCAAUGGAACUGAGGAACGGAUGUCCAUCAUCUGGGAUAAAGCCGUGGUUACUGGCAAGAUGGACGAGAACCAGUUUGUUGCUGUCACUAGUACCACAGCAGCCAAGAUCUUGAACCUGUAUCCACGGAAGGGGCGCAUUGCAGUGGGAUCUGAUGCUGACCUGGUGAUCUGGGAUCCUGACAACGUCAAGACGAUCUCAGCCAAGACGCACAACAUAAAUGUGGAAUAUAACAUCUUCGAAGGCAUGGAGUGUCGUGGGUCUCCUUUAGUAGUCAUCAGCCAAGGAAAAAUUGUGCUGGAGGAUGGUAAUCUCCAUGUAACUGAAGGGUCUGGCCGAUACAUUCCUAGGAAACCUUUCCCUGACUUUGUUUACAAACGUAUCAAAGCCAGAAGCAGGCUGGCUGAAUUGAGGGGUGUCCCACGCGGUUUGUACGACGGCCCUGUUUGCGAAGUUUCGGUGACACCAAAAACGGUCACGCCAGCUUCCUCAGCCAAGACUUCCCCAGCGAAACAGCAGGCUCCACCUGUGAGGAAUUUGCACCAGUCUGGAUUUAGCUUGUCGGGUGCACAAAUCGACGAUAAUAUCCCACGGCGUACUACUCAGCGCAUAGUUGCACCCCCUGGUGGCCGCGCCAACAUCACCAGCUUGGGUUAAAAAACGACACCGGGGGAGCCAAAGUCCACUUAGAGAUGGCGGGAGAGGGUGGGGGCACUUGGAAAGACCUUUUUUAAAAUUCUUUUAGAGCCUGUGAUGGUUACUGCGGAGAAGCAGUGGAUGAGGCCAUAGUCUCUCUCGCUCUCUCUCGCUCUCUCUCUUUAUCUCUCCCUCCCCUCCCUCCUUUUCCUUUUAUUGUUAACUAUUUCCCACCCCGUCUCUUCACAAAACCUGCUCACUUCUCCUUUCUUCCACACUUGGGAACAGAUACUCCCCUCCCACCCACCCCUUUUCUGCUUUUAAAAGAGAUAAAAACAUUGACGUGUAGAACUUGUAGUUGACGUGACCAUGAACAUCAUCAUUUCUUUGCUUUGCCUCUCUUAUUUUUUAAAAAUUUUCUUAUAAAAGGAAGGAUAAAGUGAAUUUCCCGUGAGCUGCCUCUUCCCCCCCCCCAAUCUAUUAAGGAUGUGUUUUCACUGCCGUGAAAGAGAAAUAAAGGGUUUAAACUGGACAUUUGCAAAACUGGACUCGCCAGGCAUGUGACUUAGAACGUGGGGGUAACCAUCUGAGAUCCAAACCCAUGAAAUGGCCUCCUUUCCACUAAUUAGAGGGAGGAGGAUUUUAUGCUGCUAAGUCAAGGUGUCAUUGUGAAGUGGAGAAUGUGCCCCAUCUUAUUUUGAUAUUUAAUAUCUUUAUCCCGCUCUUGAAGCAAUUGAAGGAUUCUUCUUUUUCUUCUCUCUCUCUAUAUGUGUGUGUAUGUAUACACAUAUGAUUAAGACUUGUUCCUGCCUGUUGCAUUGUUUGUGAUGCCUUAUUUUAGGAUGGAGAGAAUCUUUCCAUUUUCCUAUUUUCUUUUGAAUUUUAGGGCCUCCCUACCUCCACCAUAUUCUGGUCAUUUCUUGCAUCAACCCAACCUUGAUUUUUGCCAUCCAAAUUUUUCAGGGGUUCUUUUGAGUUUUGGAAUCAAAUGUAUACCUUCUAAAAGACAUCCUCCACUGUACUUUCCCUAAAAUUACAGAGGGGACCCUCCCUUGUUUAAACUCUUCAGUCUCUAUUGGAAGUAGGUUCUUAGAAAAUCCAAGCCACAGACUCUGAGGGAUUGAGAGCUCAGAGAAGGGAACUGGCCAGGGAGCAUCUUCUAAAUUACUUCCUGCACUUAAAAAAAUGUAUAUUGUACUGAAAAAAAGAAGACAUCGAUCCAUUCUUGCCACUAUCCCAAAAUAAGCGGGCCAGGAGCGCAACGUAAUUGUCACCGUGGCUUGCUUCUUCUAUUCUAACAACACAGUUGUUUCAUAGCUGGGAAUCUUAAGUCUACUACAGUAUUGCCCUUCAUGAGCUCAAUCUUCAUCUUUCUACUCAUAGUAAUAUUACUAUUGCUAAAGUGCCCAGAGAGUGUUGUGAAGUGCUUUGGGGGAGGACGUAAGCCUAAAUGUCAUUGCUAGUGUAGUCUUAAGAGAGUUGGGUCUUGACUGAGUGAAAACUGAGCUAUGGGAGAGACAUGUAGGACUGAUUCCCAGGAUGCCUUGGUGCAAGAAAAAGAGAAUGGAUGGAACCCGGGAAAUAGGAAUCCUUGCCGUUCUUUGAUCAAGAUGUAUCAAGAUUCGCUUUGGAGUUAGGGUUGUGCAACCUGUUUUAUGGAACAGCGGUUCUGUACUUGAAGGUUUGAGGGAGCCGGUGCCUGAAUCAAACCACGCACCCUUUGAAAUGCUUUGGUCCACGCUUGGAAUGAAACAGAGCAGUUCUGAUCUGUGUACAGAACAAAUUGUAGUUUCUUUGGCCUGGACACAAGCAGUGUGGGUGGCCUGCAGGGGAAAAAAAAAGUGAAGGACUUUGCCAGCUCAAGGCAGUAAAGGAAGGAUGACAGCGGACAUAAUGAGGAAGCUGAUGCAAUGCUCCUUGCUAGACAUGGGUGGCAGCUGAGGUGAGAGACUGACGUUUCUGGGAAGGUUUUGGGUUGAACCAGUGGAAUAUCCUACUUGGAACUGCUGAGGGGAGAGAAUAGGUGCCAUUCAUCAGCUACAAUCAGUUUUUGCUUUGGCCAAAACCCAGAAUCACUAAAGCAUUGAGCUUUUGGGUUUUCCUGACUUGGAGUGGUUCUAAAACCCUGCAUUGUUUGGGGUUGAAAAUAAAAUGCUUCUACUUUGGGCACGCUGGCACUUGGCACCGACUCCAAACUGCAGUGUCCAGUCACUGCUCUUCAAAUCCCUCGUGCUAACCGAUGGCAGUGUAUUCCUAACAAGCCAAUAGCACUGCCAAGGUCUCCCGAAUCAUCCUCCUUUUAAUAAUUUGUGCAAAGGUCUGAAUGUGGGUGGAUUAGAAGUGCUCAUCUAGGUGCGCAGAGGCCUCUUAGUAUUUAUUAUUGGUCCAAUGAAGUGGAUGCUCCUUUUGCCUAGUUCCGAAACCACGAUAGAAUCCAAAUGUGCAUAUUGUAUAACUUGUGAGUUUCAUCUGUAUGUAGCCCGUACAGGAACUAACACAAUUCACAGUACUUACCUGAUCUGAAUAUAUAGAAAUAUGACCGCUUUCCAUUAAACCUUCUAGGAGGUUAACAUGCAAAGACUUUAGAAUCUCCCUUUUCUUUCCCAUCCUUGUUGGGUUGGUUGAGUCAUUAUUUGGAUACAUCCUUCCUUUAUUGUUUACUUCUUCCUUUUUUAAGUAGCAGUCUUGGUGUACACGUAUGGGAUUAAUUUGUGCCUUUACUUAAUCUUGGAUGCAGGUCUUGGAAGGGUUUUAAUAGCCCCAUUCUUAAAUCCAGUCAGACUGUGUUAAACAAGAUUCUUCUUUCUACUUUAAACAAGUUUCUACUUUCCCUAAGCUAGACCAGAAGCCCUUUGAAACCUAAGAGGACGAAGGACACAAUUGCAUUCAAGGCCAAAAAGUCCUAAGGAUUUUACCCAGCACGUAUUUUACACAAUGAAAUAUUAAGAUUCCCAGAUAUACUCCCUCAUUAAAUAAGUCAUGAACGCUCCUUUCUCUCUUUCCGCUAAGUUACGGUCAGAAGGAGCCCCGUCCAACAUGCCAUUGUUCCUGUCACCACUUCCAUGCAUAGACCAAGCAGAGCAUGGCAUUUCUUCUCAGUUAACCUUGAGUUGACAUCCACAGAUGUGGUCAACUUUACUGGUCUCUUGUGGAUCCUUGACUAUCUAUAUAUUUUUUCCAGCUUGUCAAUACGGACUGGGCUUUCCUCUGUAGUACCGUAUUUACUGGAACACAUGUGAAGCCUACAUGUUUAUGUAGCUCCCCAAUGUUCUGGUAACUGGAGCAAUGGGUGAUGUGCAUAAUCCAACAUGUUUGUAUUCCUCCUUCCAUACAUUCAGCCAUAUGAAGAUAAUCCCUAGGGCACUUCCUGUCUUUGGUUUACAAUUGCCAAUGCUCAGGGCGGAGUGGGGAAAAAAAAAACCCUGCCAUUUGGAUGCUGAAAUGUACGGUGUAAUAGGUAUGAAAUUUGAAGUUAAUCUGCCCGUUUUUCCUUUUUGUUCAUGUUAACAAAUUCCAGACCAUUUCAAAUGGAUUUCUUAAUUUUUUUUUAAUUUACUUACGAGAUUGCACUUUUAUUAAGAAAAUAUUUAGUAAG